CGCCCGCUCGCCCGCCCGCCCCGGCCGCGUCGGAGGGCCGGCAGCGGGGCUGGAUGUGCCCGGCUCCCCCCGCGCUGAGGCGGGCGGCGAUGCAGAAGGCAGGCGGCAGCUUCGCCUCCGCCGAGAGACACCCGCUCAAGAUGGCAGAUGUGUGUUGAGUUUGGGGGGCUGCGAUCUCGCGUCGUUCGUGGCGGCGUUGCCAUGAAUAACAGGCGUCCUUGCACCGAUGGCCCCCAUGUACGAAGGCAUGAGGAAUAAUAAGCAGCUGUUGCUUUUGGAAGAAAAGACAGAGAAACAUCUUGUGCCAUCGGUCAUCAGUGAAGAAUAUUCUUGGCGAAGUCUUCUGUCCAGACAUUGCGUAUUGGAGCAUGUGUGACCCUCAAGGUAUGGCCUCGCAUGUGCAAGUUUUCUCUCCUCACACCCUUCAGUCAAGUGCCUUCUGUAGCGUGAAGAAACUGAAAGUGGAGCCGAGUUCGAACUGGGAUAUGACUGGGUACGGCACACACAGCAAAGUCUACAGCCAGAGCAAGAACGUGCAGUCCUCCCAAGCAGCCGCCGCAGCAGCCGUCAACGCCUCCCUCCAGAUCCCCAAUCCAAGCAUCCCUUACGAACAGACCAUCAUCUUCCCAGCAAGCACGGGGCACAUCGUGGUGACGUCCGCCAACAGCACUUCUGGUGUGGUUGCAGUGUCUGGGCAAACACUGGGCGGGCCACACAACCUGAUGCGUCGCAGCACUGUGAGCCUUCUGGACACCUACCAAAAAUGUGGACUUAAGCGGAAGAGUGAGGAGAUAGAGAACACAAGCAGCGUGCAGAUCAUCGAAGAGCAUCCACCAAUGAUUCAGAACAAUGCCAGUGGGGCCACCGUAGCCACCGCCACCACCUCCACGGCCACCUCCAAAAACAGUGGCUCCAACAGUGAAGGGGAUUACCAACUGGUGCAACAUGAGGUGCUCUGUUCCAUGACCAACACGUAUGAAGUGUUAGAGUUUCUUGGCCGGGGGACCUUCGGACAAGUAGUCAAAUGCUGGAAACGUGGCACUAACGAGAUUGUGGCCAUCAAGAUCCUAAAGAACCAUCCUUCCUAUGCCCGGCAAGGCCAGAUUGAAGUGAGCAUCCUGGCUCGGCUGAGCACUGAAAGUGCGGAUGACUACAACUUCGUCCGCGCGUAUGAGUGCUUCCAGCACAAAAAUCACACGUGCUUGGUCUUUGAAAUGUUGGAGCAGAACCUCUAUGAUUUCCUAAAACAAAACAAAUUCAGUCCUUUGCCCCUUAAGUACAUUCGACCAAUUCUCCAGCAGGUAGCAACUGCCCUAAUGAAGUUGAAAAGCCUGGGACUGAUUCAUGCUGACCUCAAACCAGAGAACAUCAUGUUGGUAGAUCCAUCCCGACAGCCAUAUAGGGUCAAGGUCAUAGACUUCGGUUCAGCUAGCCAUGUGUCUAAAGCUGUGUGUUCUACCUACCUUCAAUCCAGAUAUUACAGAGCCCCUGAAAUCAUCCUUGGUUUACCAUUUUGUGAAGCAAUCGAUAUGUGGUCAUUGGGAUGUGUCAUUGCAGAGCUGUUCUUGGGCUGGCCUUUGUACCCAGGAGCUUCAGAGUAUGAUCAGAUUCGCUAUAUCUCACAGACACAGGGCUUACCAGCAGAGUAUUUGUUAAGUGCAGGGACAAAGACUACAAGGUUUUUCAACAGGGAUACAGACUCACCGUAUCCUUUGUGGAGGCUGAAGACACCAGAUGAUCAUGAGGCAGAGACGGGGAUUAAGUCGAAGGAAGCAAGGAAGUAUAUUUUCAACUGUUUGGAUGAUAUGGCACAGGUAAGAACAUUGGUGAAUAUGACAACAGAUUUGGAAGGAAGUGAUAUGUUGGUGGAAAAGGCGGACCGACGGGAGUUUAUAGAUCUGUUAAAGAAGAUGUUGACGAUAGAUGCCGAUAAGAGAAUAACACCAAUUGAAACUCUGAACCAUCCUUUUGUCACCAUGACACACUUGCUUGAUUUCCCUCACAGCACACAUGUCAAGUCCUGCUUCCAGAAUAUGGAGAUCUGCAAGCGGCGGGUGAAUAUGUAUGACACCGUGAACCAGAGCAAGACGCCAUUCAUCACCCACGUAGCCCCGAGCACAUCCACCAACUUGACCAUGACUUUUAACAACCAGCUGAACACAGUGCACAACCAGACCACCAACCUGGCUCCCACCUCCUCCAGUGCCACUAUUUCCUUAGCCAACCCCGAAGUCUCCAUACUAAAUUACCAAUCUGCACUCUACCAGCCCUCAGCAGCGUCCAUGGCUGCGGUGGCCCAGCGGAGCAUGCCCCUGCAGACAGGAACAGCGCAGAUCUGUGCCCGGCCUGACCCCUUCCAGCAAGCUCUCAUCGUCUGCCCACCAGGCUUCCAAGGGUUACAAGCCUCCCCUUCGAAGCAUGCUGGGUAUUCAGUUCGGAUGGAGAACGCCGUUCCCAUUGUCACUCAGGCUCCUGGGGCCCAGCCUCUGCAGAUCCAGCCAGGACUUCUCGCACAGCAAGCAUGGCCCAGCGGCACGCAGCAGAUCCUGCUCCCCCCCGCCUGGCAGCAGCUGACCGGGGUGGCCACCCACACUUCUGUCCAGCACGCGACCGUCAUCCCGGAGUCCAUGGCAGGCACCCAGCCGCUGGCAGACUGGAGAAACACCCACGCUCACGGCAGCCAUUAUAACCCCAUCAUGCAGCAGCCCGCGCUGUUAGCUAGCCAUGUGACUCUCCCCGCAGCCCAGCCCGUCAACGUGGGUGUCGCUCACGUCAUGCGCCAGCCGCCCGCCGCUGCCGCCACCUCCACCAGGAAGAGUAAGCAGCACCAGUCGGCGCCACGAAAUGCAUCCACCUACGAAGUUUCAUCCUCUCAGUCCAUCAGCUCGCCUCAGCGGUCGAAACGAGUGAAGGAAAACACGCCUCCUCGCUGUGCCAUGGUGCACAACAGCCCUGCCUGCAGCACCUCCGUCACCUGCGGCUGGGGCGACGUGGCCACCAGCACCACGCGGGAGCGGCAGCGGCAGACGAUAAUCAUUCCCGACACCCCUAGCCCCGCAGUGAGUGUCAUCACUAUCAGCAGCGACACCGAUGAAGAGGAGGAGCAGAAGCAUGCACCCACCAGCACCUUGUCCAAGCAGAGGAAGAAUGUCAUCAGCUGCGUCACCGUGCAUGAUUCCCCCUACUCCGAUUCGUCCAGCAACAACAGUCCUUACGCCGUGCAGCAUCGCGCAGGGCAGAAUAACGGGAACACCUACGACACCAAAGGGGUUCCAGAGACUCACUGCAGUGGGAACCCCCGAACAAUCAUCGUGCCACCACUGAAAACCCAGGCCAGUGAGGUGUUGGUAGAGUGCGAUAGCCUGGCACCAGUCACCACCAGUCACCACUCAUCCUCCUACAAGUCCAAGUCCUCCAGCACCGUGACCUCCACCAGCGGUCACUCUUCAGGGAGCUCGUCUGGAGCCGUUGCCUAUAGGCAGCAGCGACCAGGAGCACAUUUCCAGCAGCAGCAGCCUCUUAAUCUAAGCCAGGCCCAGCAGCACAUCACGACCGAUCGCACAGGGAGUCACCGGAGACAGCAAGCCUACAUCACUCCAACGAUAGCUCAGGCCCCGUACUCUUUCCCGCACAAUAGUCCCAGCCAUGGUACAGUUCAUCCUCACUUGGCCGCGGCUGCCGCUGCUCACCUGCCCACCCAACCCCACCUCUACACAUACACCGCCCCUGCCGCCCUGGGCUCCACGGGCACCGUCGCGCACCUGGUGGCCUCCCAAGGGUCUGCGCGGCACGCCGUGCAGCACACCACCUACCCCGCCAGCAUCGUCCACCAGGUCCCUGUCAGCAUGGGCCCGCGGGUUCUGCCCUCGCCCACCAUCCACCCGAGUCAGUACCAGGCUCAGUUUGCCCAUCAGACCUAUAUCAGUGCUUCUCCAGCCUCCACAGUCUACACUGGAUACCCACUGAGCCCCACCAAGGUCAACCAGUACCCUUACAUCUAAACACUGGAAUAAGGAGCGAGAGACACACCCGCAACGGGGGAGUGAGGCGGCUGCUUUUGUACUGAAGAACAUGACAAACUAACAAUGCAAUGGGAGGCUCACGUGAAACUUGAACGAAGGAGACUUUCAGGAAGAAACAAGAAAGAGGAAAGAAGGGGGAGAACCAAUUCUACAAUUUUUAUUUAAAAAAAAAAUAAAGAAAAUGGAAAAAAAGAACAGAAAAAAAUAAAACCACAAAAAAACAACCAUUCUACACCAAACUAGAGAGAGAGAGAGAAGCAGAAGGACCCUCCAGCGGGUCCUGUGUUUUGAAGAACUUCACCAAUAGACUUUUAAAGGUUAUUUUCAUCCAAUAGUGAGCUACAUUUAGAAAUUUGUUGUCCAGAACACCUAAAAUGAAAUCCAUUAGGUUUUUAAUCCAAUAGGUAUAUGAAUUAGGGAUUUAUCCAGCAUUUCAAAGGGUUUAUGCCCCAUCCUUGCUGUGGUCUCUGUAUCCCAAAGCACACGUGGGGCUUUGGGAUUUUUCUGGAAAUAGAAAGUGGGUAAGGGAGGAGGAGGGAGGAGGAGGAAAUGUUGUCCCAGUGCUCUAAAUUCUGAUUAGCACUGAUCUGCUUAAACAUAACAGGGCAAAACAGGCCACGCAGCACUGGUUGAGAUCAGAAGCAAUGGGGUUGUUUUUCCCUUUCCUCAAACACACUGGAUAAAUCCCUGAGAAAUGCUAUUCCUAAAUGAGAUCUCUAAUAAUGUAUGUCGGAUUUCAGUUUCAAUUUAUUUUGUUUUAUUUGGAGUUUUUCCUUUUAAUCCCUAGCCGUUUUAGUAUAGGAGGAGACAUUUUAGCUGCCCCUGGUAGAAUGUAGCACUAUACAGGUCAUACACCCUUUUUACUAUUUUGUGUUGAACUUCAACGAUACCAAUAGACUAUUCCUCAAUGUGAUUGCACAAAGAAAAGUGAUAUAACAUAGGCAUGUAACAAAUGUGAUUGUCCAGGUAUGUAUGUGUGUGUGUGCGUGUGUGUGUAUGCAGAUGCUGCCUUCUCUCUGUGGUGUGUUCCUCGGCACAGCCAUUACAACUGUCACAGUCUUAGUUUUACAUCAUUCCCUCGUAGUGCCUUACCGAACUACAGACGCGGUUUAAGGGUUUACUUCCACUGGUACUCCUAGAAACUGACUGAGGCUAGUCGGAAUUUAAUCUCAGCUCUUUUUCUUUUCAGGUUGUUAUUGCUGAUUUUCUUCUUCUGGUGAUGGUGGUGUUAUUUUUUUUUUUCCCCACGUUGUCAAUCUUAGCUCACUUGGCAAGGUGUUGGGGAGGCUUGUAGGGGUUAGAAAUGUGUAUAUCUGGGUGUUUUCUCUAGCACUGGAUGGGCUGGAAGUGACCAGGUUGGUUGUGAGACCCAGCAUGACUCCCAAAGGGUCUGAAGGUGUGUUUGUGGAUUGGUCUGUUUCUUUCCUGUUGAAGUAACAGCUUUCCUCCUCAGAAACUGAAUUCUCAUGUUGCUGCUUGCCGACGUUCUCGGUGGAGUAGGAGGACGGAGUCCUCCCAAGUAGUCAGGUUGUCUCAGUUGUACAUCUGAAAGGGGAACAAAACUUUAGCCCAUGGGAGGGGGAAACACUAGCCAUUGCCAUCAUCUCUCACUACAUCUGUCGGUGGGAGGGAGUUGGGAAAGGGCUAAAAGCAGUCCCAAAGCAAGCAUGGGAAAAUCCAGUUGAGAGUCAAACUCAGGUUUCUUAAAUGAAAGACAGUAUUGCAAGACAUUGGGCCUUACCCACUCCAACACGGUUGUGGCAGUAUGAGUUUCCCUUCCUCCUCUCACACCUAUUCUGUGAAAGAUUUCCUGCAGUGGUGUAGCGCCCCUUGACUGGGGGAGCAUGUUGGUACUGUGGGUCCUCCACACCGAGGAGCACUACGUGGUCUUGUUUUCUGAAGGUUUCUGAAGAGAGCCUUCCCUACAGUUGGGUUUGGUUAGGAGGGAAGUUUUGCUAGUAACAGCAGUUGCACUGCUGCAUCAAUAUUUAGAAGUGUCUCUAGAGCACCCAUGUAAAUGGUCAGGCUUGGGAGAAAGAAGAAAGUUUGACAGAAAGUUUCCAUGAAGUCUACAUGGCUGCUCAGCUCCACUCCACGAUUCCCUGUAACUAGAGCAUGAAGUAUUUAAGUGUUUCACAAGAUGCUGGAAAAUAGCAGGUUCGUUGACAGAGUGGCGAGGGAUGGGUUCCCUGGGUGGUGAUAAGGAAGGAGGUUCUCUCAAGUAGGAAAAGAUGACAAAAAGACAAGCACAAAUACAUUUUCUUGUGGUGAGCACUUGGCUAGCCUGGAAGAGAAAGGGAUCCUGCUAUGUCAGAUUCAACAAGAUGGUUCAACAAGACUGUUGUCUUCUGGCAAACCACCAAAUAACCUCCUGGUUGCCAGCUCUGAUUCCUGGGCUAUCCUUGCACAGUUUUCUUUUCCUGCCUGUCCUUCAUUCCAGCUCAAUAUACUGUAGAUGAAGAUGUGAUCUCCCAGCAGUCUGUGCACCUUACCCCUCCCUUUGGAAAUAAAACACUUCCCCUCUCAUCUGGGGCAGGAAAAUAAUUCCCCAUUCUCACUGUAAAAUUCUGGUGCAUUCCUCUCCUGUCCCACCAGUUCAGGAAUGAGAGCGUCAUGCUGCUUGUGUCAUGAAAAGGAAAGAUAAUGUUAUUUUAUUGUAUGAUUGUUAUGAUUAUGAUUAUUAUUUUAUUAUUAUUAUAUUUUACUCUGGGUUUUAAUUGCACACGCAUUCCUUAAUCUUUUUUUUUUCUCUUAGUAUUGUUGUUGUUGUUAUUAAUUUUAUUUCUCUUCAUCAGUGGCAUCAGAAGGGUUGCUGUGUUUGUGAACACUGCAGAAGGAAGGGGAAACAAGGUUGUCCUAAGAAUGAGAACCUAGGAGGAGUGGGGUGGCUAUGGGAGACAGUCUUGAGGGACAGUGUUCCUCUAUGUCCCAUCUGCAUUUCAGAGUAAGUCCAGAAACAUUCACUCAGAGGCCAAAACCAAACACCAGCUAACAAUCUAUCUGUCAGGAUCUAUCAGGAGAGUAGGAUUAAAGGCAGAUGAGGACCUUGGGGCCUUAGGAUCUGGCUCACUAUCACUUUGAUAGGACAUUUAUUUGAGAUCAAGCCCUAUUUGUGCUCCAGGCCAUGAUUAUUUGGCCUUUUUGACUAAUCCAAGGCCACACGAUGUUGUAAGGGUUGGGUUUUCCUGAAAGAGAAAGCAGAUACGUGGUUCUCCAGAAACAGGGCUAGCGGAGGAACUGCAGUAGAAGAGUGCACGUGGUUCUCAGUCCUGUCACGGAUGGGAUAAACAGUGCUGGUGCACACAGCAGGCAUUAGCUAGGUAAAACACAGCAGCAGAAAGAGCAGGUUCCUCACCUGUUCUUCCACUCUCACUGAAGAUUAGUCAGGUGUCCACAGGGCCAGGAUGCUUGGUUUGCCUUUUUUUUUUUUUUUUUUUGUCCCUGAUGUAGAUUUUCCUUUCUUUUAUAAUUAUUUGUUGUGAAAAUUAAUUAAGCUAUUCUAGUCUCUAGAAUGUAGGUAUUUAUGUUUUCGAUUUGCAUCACCUGCUCUGUUAGAAUGGGGGGAAGCAGUGGCUGAAUUGAAACUCCAUAAAAAAAUGAUAGGACUUAGCAGAGACUUAAUCAUGCACUUGAGUGCUUUACUGAAGAAUAGACUUAAACCCUUCAAGUUAAUUACUUGUUUAUAUGCUUCUCUGGCCUAGGACUGUUGAAGCAUGGAAGGCUGUAAUCUCAAUCACAAAUGUGUUUUAGUUAUAUUAAUUGUGUUUUCCCUGUGUACCCAUCUGACCUGCUCUCCCACGCAGGCUUGAAUCUGAUUUCGGGGGCGUUUGGCAGCAGAGCUGGUAGAGCGGCACAUGCUGGCAGUGAGGAGCAAUGCGUUGCGUGUUGGAGGAGGUGGCCUUUCACGUUGUCCAUGCUGGAGUCGCUGACCUGCCAGCUGGAGGUGGCCAGAUGAUCACGGUGAUGGGAAACUGGUGGCAAGGGAUGAGCAGCGUGGCUGUUGAAUUGCUGUGGUAUUGCGACACCGAGUGUGGGCUGUGUUUUCUGGUGGGUACGGGGGAACUGAGCAACACCUCCUCCCUCACACCUGUACAAAGGCAUGGUAUGGGAAAGUGUGGUGCUGGUAGUCACAGGGGAAACCUGAUCAGAUUAGCAGAGGAAGCAAAAGUUUUGCAUGCUGUCGGUGCCACAUAGAUAAUAACAGCCAGCUUGUUUUGCUUGCAAAGUCCUUUGGGGAGGAAAGAGGAUUGACGUGUUUGGGUUGGGUUGGUGCUCUUUGAGUAUGUGGAGUAAACUGUGUGGAAACUUGAGAGAGGAGGCGAAUGUUUAGAUACUGGAAGUGUUUUGGGUGGCUUGUGGCUGGCAUGGCAAGAAGGCAGUCCCUUUCGCCAUCAUCUCAUCUUGCUUCCUUCUCAUGUGGGAAGCAGAAAGAAGCACGGACAUUGCCUCUCCUUAGGGGUGGAUCGUCAGACUACUGCUGUGAAACCAGACUGUAGAAGGGAGUGGAGAAAACAGUUGACAUGAUCAGAAUGGAAGACCUGAAUGGAAGCACUUCCCACUACAGACUGGAACAAAUCCAGUAAUUUGAGAGAGCACAAGCAAUUGCAUUGUCCUCAGCAGUUGUACCUGCUUGCACCCAACAAAUCGGGCCUUGUCAGAUCUCUUUCUCUCUCUUUGUUCUGUGGUUUUGUCAUAAUACCUGAAAACAUUCCAAGGAAGGGACACUUCUAUCUGACAUUUUUCCUUUUUUAUAUUUUCAAGGGAUUAUGUCUUGCAAUUUGGUUUGAAGGAAAUUCCAUCUGCAAACUUGAAGGGCGAUAAACCCAGCUUUUUCUUUAACCAAAGAAACUUUAUUUUUUAAAAGAGAGAGAAAGAGACCCCCACCCACUACAGAAAUUAAACCAAGCCACAAGUCACGGCUGCCAGACAGCAGUGAUAAACUGUGGAAUUGCCUCUUUUGUCUUUUUUUUUUUUUCUCUCUCAAGUUUCUAUCAUUGUCUCAAGUAGCUAGCUUGAUGAGCAGAGAAACUCACACUAAAUAUUGCUGCUAUCCUAAACUUUAGGGGAUGUCAAAAACGUUAUUCUUCUCUCAUUACUGUUCACCUUGAUUAAGAUGCAUCAGUGGCAACAAUGCGAUGUUGAACUUGUGAGCUGUGUGGUCGGGAUAAGCUUCUGGGUGUUCUGCAUGCUUCUGUAGCACCUCCUUCUCGGGAUUUGGGAUGCUGGUUUUGUUCCGAGCGUCAGACCCCAAAGAGUACUGCAGCAUCAGGCCUUUGUGCGGCUGGGCGAGGGUGUUGGACUUACCGGUGUGCUCUUCCAUGGCUUGGCAAUCAGCCCAUCGGAGAGGUCUAACAGUUUCGGGAUAGCUGUACGCAAAGUCCACAUAACUGAUCUUUGCUCAGGGUGGGCAACGCAGACAGGAAAAGUGUGGGACGGGAAGGCUUUCCCCCUUCCUGCUGACGUAGCCCUGCCUGUCCCACAGGAACGUCAAAGCAGUUGGUCCCCAAUCCUGGACACCUACCCCCAUCACCCCCCUGGUCCCCGAACCUCCCUGGCUCUCCUGUGAGGAGAGCCCAUGCCUAAAGCACGUGCUGGCCCCCACUGGCCUCUCGCGGCCUGUUGCUCAUCCCCUGCAUGUGGGGAGGAGGAGGUGGGGGUCUCCACUGCGGGGAUCCCCACACCUACCCCGGCAGCGCCUGGAGCUGGUGCGUUGGUCCUGUGGCAUGGCGGUGCUGGGGCAGCUGGCGGGAGCAUGGCACCAGCCUCUCCUGGUGGGUCCCCGUCCCACAGGUGGCACCACUAUCCACCGGGGCAGUGUGAGGUGAGAGCCACCAGCCAGGGCUCUGUGACAGAGGUGGCUUUUCCCCGAGUGUCUGGGGAUGACCCCGGCAGUCUGUUAAAAGCUGCUGGCACGUGUGACAGCCUGCAGGACAGGCAGGGCAGGCCACUGCGGGCGGCCGGGCUAGGCCCUGCAGGCACCAGGCUCCGUGGGUUACAGGCCAUGCGUUACAGCGCUGGCAUGCGUCAGGAGUGGGGCUCGAAUGGCUAACGAGCUCGGUUCCUCAGAGGUCUCAUGAAGCAUGCUAGGAGGGUUGGCUUUCUGCAUUUCUAGUUUGAAACUCCUGUUUCUCAUUUACGGGUUAGCUUUGUCCUUCCAGUUUUAGCAGUGCUGCUAUAACAGACUAUUCAUGUGUGUUUGAGGAUAACGUUUUUGUUUUUAAUCUUUUGCUUAUCAUAGUUAAUCUAAGAAAGGCAAUACUAAAGGUAUAUUUUUUUCCAAAAAUGAUAUUUUUUACUGCACUGAUAAAUAUUGUGACAUCUCUGUUCUUAACUCUUUCGCUGUGAGGGGAACCGUGUGCAGACUCACACAAACCUUGUAAAUACUUGCGUGUACUUCUGACAGCCAGGGAUUUUUUUUUUUUAUUAUUUUUUUUCUUUCUUUAAAACAAGGUUUCCUCUUUGAAACAGAAAGCAAUGGGGCAACAAUGCUCAGAGCAAAAGCAAAGCUUAUCCCAUUUUCAGAACAUAGCCAAGGAGUUUUUGCAGUGCUGGCAUAGAAUUAAUAUUUAAUGCCAAUGUGUUUUGAUAUAUAUUUUUUUUUCCAGCAAAUUGUUUGGAAAGGAAUAAGACAGAAAAGCUUUGGUCUGGAAUUCUGAUCAGAAAUGUUAUUUGUCUCUUUUAUGGCACCUCUGAUUUUUGUUUUUCCUUUCUUUUCCAAAACUGGCUUGCUGCAGGCUUGCUGGCCUGGGCUCUAGGUCAGUCGGCGGCUGCGCCAGGUGCCUGGUGCUCAGGGACCGCCGACUCCUUUGGAAGCAAACCCGCCGCCGGUCAGGAUUCUGGAUCCUGACGGCGACAGAGGGUAUGCCAGCAGACUUAGGGGUAUCCUCGGGUUUUUUACAGAAGGAUUUAGAUACACUUAUAUUACGCAAACUGUGACCUAAUGGCAAUAAUUACCUCAAAUGUGGGCAUUCAUCCUGGUUUUAGCCUUUCUGAAAACAUGUAGCCAGCUUGAACUUUGAUUCAAAGACUCUAAACUCUGUAUGGGCGGAAUAGCGAUAAAUGCCCACCCUGGUCAUUGUUGCUUGAGUGAAUUCUGAAGACAGUGAAUCUUUAAAGAGAAAAAAGUUAAACCAAGGAAUAGAUUACUCUUUUAUGUAUUUUAAUCAAUUGUGAUGUUAAAUGCACAUGUAAGUAUAUAUGUUUAUAGCUACUGUAAAAUGCUUUGGCCUUCUAGAAGAUAUUUAAUGAGUCACAUUUUAAACCAAUAUGAACUGAAUAAUAGACCGUGGCUACUUAAACAGUUUUCUGGCUACAUUUUAUAGUUAUUACAGUGUUUUAUAGUUUACAUUUAAACUGGUACUUUUUAAGGGAAAUCUUGUGUUUGUAAGUGACACCUUCAAAAACUCAAUACAGCUGCCUCUUUUUAAUUUUGCCCUUUACAAAUGGAAAAGUACAAGUGUGUCUUUAAUAUGUAUAUUCUGUUCUGAGAUAUAACAUAGUGUUGGAAAGUCAGUCCAGAGAUCAAGUAAUCCACUGUAUUCCAAAGUCUGGUUGAAAAACACUCCACCCACUUUGUGGAUUUAGCACCUCUAGUCCAACAGAUAAGCUAUUUGUUUGUGUGCUCGUUUAAUACCAUACUUUAUCAAACUCCUUGGGUUGAAGCAGGGAGCGCAGUACUUCCAAAUUCACUGUUCUGUGUAGGAUCCUCAUCUGGAUGAAGAUACCCAUGUAAGAGAAUGAAGGAUAUUCAAAGGAAGGAUUGUAUUGUACUUUUGAUAAAUCUUUAGCCAAAUGAUUAAUUCCUGAGUUUAGUGAUUGCCUGUUUUAUUUUGGUUUUGUGCGUGUGUGUGUGUGUGUAUGUGUGGUGUAUGACAGCCACUCAGAGGCAAUGCUGUAAUUUGGCUUUCGUCUGUUCACCCCGUUAUUACAAACGGUGCUUACCACCGCAGAAACUUUUUGAACCAGUAAACUAAAUACAAAGUUCAUUGACCAUCUCGUUGUCAACUUUGUUUUCUUAGCCAGCGUCAGUUCCCAUCAGUGCUGUCUCCCUGCUGCUGUUACGGUGUACUUUGCAUUUGGGUAUGUCACACUACCCCCUCCCCAGUCUCGCCUAGCUGUCUAGCUUGCUCUUUUGUGUUCUGUCACUUGAGUAACCAAUGAACAUGGUAUAAAUGUCUGCUGGGCAAAAUGGUACUGCUAGGUCAUGGAAGCACAGGAACUGGCAUUUAAAAACAUAAAUCUGUGUCUGUCUGAAGAACCGAGCUUCUGUGGAGGAGCCUGGGUGCCCCAGGGGGGCCCCUUACAUUUCUGCCCCAUGCCUGAGGCACUGGUCCCAGCGACCCCGGGGUCAGCGGUGUUGCAGAGGAGCAUUGGAGAUGCUCGUGGUGCCACUGGCUGCUGAUACAAUCCCCCAGUGCAGCCUGGGGCUGCUGUGCCCACCCCGUAACCCACGGAACCAAAGCGACAACGCAUCGCGCGGCAGCCCACAAGCAGCACUGGGGCUGGCGGGGAUCAUCCCCCCUUUCUCAAUCAUCGCCUUUUGCUGCCCUCAGCACUUGCACGACCUUUUGUUCUUAAGGGGGGGGGUCAGACCCACAAACACCAGCACACUCAAGCGAAGGAGACAGUCCUUUUGAAUUCUUUGGCUUGCAACUUGUCAGGCGAGAAGGGGUUUUGGCCACUGGCAACGCACAUCCCAUAGAAUCCGAAUGGUUACGUAUAGCACCGCUGCCCUCGGAAAGGAAAUAACAGGCUUCUGCCAUGCUUCCAUGUCACAUGGUUACAUACGACACUUCUGGCUCCCCUUCUCCCCCACCUUUAUUCCUUCUGUGUUCGAUUUUGUGUUUUAUUUAAUUUUAUUUUUGCUCUGUAUUCUUUUCAAAAUGAAACUUCCAUGGAUAUCCCAGGGCACAACCAUUUCAGGUGUAAAAAGGAUCUCCUCAUCCCCUGUUUCACCAACCAAGAAACCAAGGCUUUUUGGGUACCGAUUCUACUUGGGCAGAAUCAGAAUGUAGCCUGUAUCUUUCAUACCAAACCAAAUUUCUGAAAGGAGCGGAAGUGUAAUUAAUAGCUUUAUUAAAGGAGUGUGAGAGAGAGAGAGAGUAAGAGAGGGAGCGAGAUGGCGAGAAGAAAGAGGGGCAUCUAGGAAGUUGACAAGGCUAGACUUCGGGUAGUUAAAAAUGAACCAAGAGGUGAAACAUUAUUUACAAACAGUAAAAUCCUUUUAAAAUCAGGAAGGGGGAAGUGGAGGGAGCAUUUUAUACCUUUCGACUGCCCACAAGCCCAGCGCACCCUGGAUGGAAAGUGGAAGUUAACGUACACUGAACCAAAAUUCUUGAGGGGGAGAGAUGGGAGGAAAAGCUGUGAAAUGCUAUCACCACUGCAAGGGAAAAGAUGCCCCUGCCCCAGCUCUGGAUCUCGAAUGGUUCUUUCUCUACAGCAUCAUCUCAGCCCAGAUACCCCAUGAAAGCCCUGAGCCGUUGUGUUCCUUCACUGUACGGUUUCUGUAAUAAGAGUGUUAAUCCAUGUUAAUCUUUGUGAAAAUUAUUGUGUGCAACAGUAUUUUCUUGUGUACUGCUUUUUUUUUCCUAUGUGAAUUGUCCCUUUUUUUCUUCUUUUCUUUUCUUUUUCCUUUUUUUUUUUUUCUUUUGGAAAAUAUGUCUUUCUUCUUUUAAAAAAAACAAAAAACAACAAAAAAAACUGAUGUGUUGUAGACCUCUAUGUAACCUAUUCCUUAGUCUCAUAUUAUAGGUAUGUUAUAAGAAUGGAUAUUUUACUUGGCUUUAGAAUGUUUUACAAGAAAAUUAAUUCUUAACCAAUCAAGUUCUUGCUACUAAAAAAAAAAAAUGCUUGUGUUUUUCAUCAUGACGUUGUGUGCUUCUAAUUAAUAAUCAUUUUCGUUGUAGAAAAAUGGAGUGAAUUUAUAUUAGUCUUGGAAACUAAUAAUAGCAUUGUAAAUUUAUGAGAUGAUUUUAACAGAAAAUACAUUAUAGAAGAAUAUAGUUAUUUUAAUUGUAAUAUUACUAACUGUAGGGUGAGAAAGGAGGUCCCGUUGUGGUGAACUAUGUUAUAGCUUGUUAUUCACGGUUUCUUUUUGAUCAUUUUUUCGGUCUCUGAGGUGAAACGAGUUAUUAAUCAGAAUUUGUAAACUCACAUAUGCAUAUUGUAUAUGUGUAGAAAUGUAAUCACACUUUGUCUUGGAAUUACAUUAAACUGUUUUAAGUCACUGCAAAGUUUGUGUGUCUGUAUGUCUUAUCGCUAGUUAAAGUU